UUUUGUAUUUCCAGCUAAUCUCUCCAUUCUCUCCCCCAUACCAGGCGGCGAGUAAUUUACAUAUUCUUGAUUAUAACAUUUCGUCUGCCACUACGUCCCAUAUGGCAUGACCAAUUGACGCAUGUAACCACUCCCCUAUUAUAAAAAGGGCAGCACAACAGCCGUUUUAAUCACUUUCUCUCGGAUCAUUUUCCCUCAUCAAACUACUCUCUCUGCGUCUCUCUCAAGUUUAUAUUAUCAAUGGCGCAGAAGCUGAGGCUUCACGGGAUACCGAUGUCAUCAUGUGCUGCGAGGUCGAUGAUAUGUCUCCACGAGAAGGGAGUCGAGUUCGAACUCGUCCUCGUCGAUUUCUUCGUCGCCGUCGAACACAAACAGCCUCCCUUCCUCUCCAAAAACCCGUUUGGCCAAAUCCCAGUGCUAGAGGAUGGGAACUUAACUCUAUUUGAAUCCCGGGCAAUAAAUGAAUACGUCUCGAACAAGUUCAAGGACCAGGGCACCGAUCUCAUCCGCCACGAUAGUUUGGAGGAGUCGGCCUUGGUCAAGGUCUGGGCAGAGGUGGAGUCCCACCAGUUCCAUCCGGCAAUUUACCCAAUAUUCUACCAGCACUUGCUCGCCCCACUGUAUGGCAAGUCGUCCAACCAGGCCAUCAUCGACGAGCAUCUGGAGAAGCUCCGGAUGGUGCUCGAUGUCUACGAGGACAGGCUAGGCCAGACCAAGUACUUGGCGGGGGACUUCUAUAGCUUGGCUGAUCUCCACCACAUGCCUAUGAUGUUCUACUUCAUGAAGACCCCGUGGGGCCAUGUGGUCAAUGAGAGGCCCCGGGUUAAGGCCUGGUGGGAGGACAUUUCCUCUAGGGAUGCCUUUAAGAAGGUGGCUGGGGGCAUGACAAUAGGGGAUAAAUAAGAAAUUGCAGGUCAAUAGAUAAAAAGAAAAAGAAAAAUAAUUAUGUGAAACUGAAGGUGAUGUGGCUAUUAUGAGAUAUUGUCGUUUUGGAAUAAUGUUCAA